GCCGGGACCGCGGCCAUGAACUUCGCCGUGGGGCUGAAGCCGCUUCUGGCGGAGGCGCGGAGCAUGGAGAGCCUGGAGAAGCAGCUCAUCUGCCCCAUCUGCCUGGAGAUGUUCUCCAAGCCCGUUGUCAUCCUGCCCUGCCAGCACAACCUCUGCCGCAAGUGCGCCAACGACGUUUUCCAGGCCUCCAACCCGCUGUGGCAGUCGCGGGGCUCCAGCGCGGUGCCGUCGGGCGGGCGGUUCCGGUGCCCGUCGUGCCGGCACGAGGUGGUGCUGGACCGGCACGGGGUGUACGGACUGCAGCGGAACCUGCUCGUGGAGAACAUCAUCGACAUCUACAAGCAGGAGUCGGCCCGACCCCUUCACGCCAAGGCUGAGCAGCACCUCAUGUGCGAGGAGCACGAGGACGAGCGCAUCAACAUCUACUGCCUGCGCUGCGAGGCGCCCACCUGCUCGCUGUGCAAGGUGUUCGGGGCGCACAAGGACUGCGAGGUGGCCCCGCUGCCCGCCGUCUACCAGCGACAGAAGGUAGAAGGGGCGGCCCUGGGGUUCUCGGGGGGCCGGGGGUACCCCCAGAGCCACCCUCACACCCACCCUCACCCCCAGAGCGAGCUCAGCGACGGCAUCGCCAUGCUGGUGGCGGGGAACGACCGCAUCCAGGCCAUCAUCACGCAGAUGGAGGAGAUCUGCCACACCAUCGAGGAGAACGGCAGGCGGCAGAAGCAGCACCUGGGGCUGCGCUUCGAUGCGCUCUACGGCAUCCUGGAGGAGCGCAAGAAGGAGCUGCUGCAGAGCAUCGCCGCCGAGCAGGAGGCCAAGCUGCAGCGGGUCCGCGGGCUCAUCCGCCAGUACGGAGACCACCUGGAGGCCUCCUCCAAGCUGGUGGAGUCGGCCAUCCAGGCCAUGGAGGAGCCCCAGAUGGCCGUGUACCUGCAGCACUCCAAGGAACUCCUGAAAAAGAUCACAGACAUGUCCAAGGCAUCAAUGAGCAGCCGCCCUGAGCCCGGCUACGAGAACAUGGACCACUUCUCCAUCAACGUGGACUACGUGGCUGAGAUGCUGAGGACCAUCGAGUUCCAGACAGAGCCCCUGGGCGAGGAUGAGGGGGAUGCACCUGGGGAUGGCAGCGAGGCUGCAGCAGACGAGGAGCGGCUGGACAGCCUGGAGGUGCCCGAGGCUGCUGAAGAUGUGGGGCCGAGGCAGAAGCCAGCGAGCUCUCCCCAUGGUCAGCACUGAAGUGAGGCCUUGGGGUAAGGCCGGCAUGCCCUCAGCUCUGCCUGUCCCUGUCACACCCGGCUAUCCCUGUCCCUGGCUGUGGCCAUCCCGCACUCUCCAUCCCUGCUGCUGGAAUUGCCCCGAUGGGCGCUGUCUCUCUCCAACAUUAAAAGUGU